UUAUUAGAGAAUUAGUAACCGAAUCAUACACUGCAAGUACAAUACAUUUCUGUUAAAUGUAUAUUUUGGGCCAAAUGUUCCCGCGAAUUUUUCAAUUUAUCUUAAUAGAUCUUUUUAAGAUACCGUUAGGGAAGCCACGGUUUGCGAAAGAUGCAUAUCCCUCUAAAUUUCCAGGAUGUCCCAAGUAUCUAAGUCAAGUCGUGCCGCAAAAGCGUAGAGCUAUAAUAAAAACGGAACUUCCUGUCAAAGGAUCUAAUAGCAGUUCCAUUUCGCCCACAUCAUCAGAAGUUUAUCCUAAUGAUCAAUGCACUACGAUCAGCAAUAAAAUGGCUGCAUUUUUCGGGUUAGGAGACAGUAUUUUAAGAAGAGUGCUGGUAGAGGGACAAGGUGUCUCUACUAGUCGAAUUUAUGGCAAGCUCGUCGUGAACUUCUGUAUCGGUGGGCAAACGAUUUCGCAAUUGAGAAAAAGAGUCGCACGCUCACGAAGUGAUGAAUCGGAAUGGUUUGUGCCUAGAAAUACGCCUCUGCUCGUUUUGAUAGGAACCAACGAUAUUUUAAAAAGUGGCAGAGCUUCUGUUGUCUUUAAUAAUCUUAAACGGUUAUUAAGUACAUUGGAAAAGUGGUCGUGGAUAAUAACCCCCAUCACAUUGUGCACUCCUCCUCCAAUAAAGCGUGCAAGUCCUGAUGUUCGACAUCAGUUGCAUAAAUACAAACGUCGAUUAGAACAUUGUGUUCUAAUCGAUGUGAUGUAUUUAGGCUAUUGGACGCGGAGGAUUACGAGGGCCACGAACGUGACGGUGUUCAUUCGAAUAGAGAGGGAUUAUUGAGAAUCUAUGAUUCUAUAAGUUACCUCUUUAAUUAAUGGGUCUCGUACGUUCGAGUACAUGGUAACCAUUUAGGAUUAUUUUUGGCGAUGGAAGACUACCCUUUUUUAAGAUCGUUCGGCAAACAAAGCAGUUGUGAUUCAUUUGAAUGAUCAUUUUAUUUUAACUAUAAUUGUAAACCAAUUUCACUAUUUACCUUAACCAUAGAGUAAAUACAA